UCUAAUAAUUUUAUUGUGAUUUAAUCAAAUGUCGAGUAACAGUGCAAAGCAGUUCAAGUGGGCGUAUGUAUUAUUUGUAAAUGGUUACGAAAAAAUAGUACCCUUGGAUUCUGUGGAAUCAAUUACGAAAUCAAAAAAUGCAAACGAUUUUCGUGCCCUUCACAAAUAUAAAGUUUGGUGGUCUGGGAAAAAAAAUAAGAGGGUUUAUUUGCACAAUGCGUACAUUCUUCUAUUAGCUGGUGACGGAUUCUAUAUUCAUCUUGACAUUUGGGAAAGCAUGAAAUGGAAGAACGAUUUCAAAUUUGUCCGAGAAGUAGCUGACGAACUUUGGGGUAGAGCUACACUUCAAGGAAAAUAUUUAGAUUUUCAAAGAGCAAACAGAAAUACUGGGAACAGCGGAAAUCAAGAAAUUGUCGGCAGCUCUUAUCGCCUUUAAAAAAGAAAAUUGUAAAAGAUCCACUUUAUGAAAAAGUCACUGAUUCCGGCGUGAAGGGUAUCAAUCGACAAAUUAGGGUACAGAAGUAUUGGAAAUAUCUAUCGGAUAAAAUUACGACGUCAGAAGAUAUUUUAAAAAACGCAGAAAUCCUAUUAGCGGUAAACAAGAUCUCAACCUGUAAAUUCAGUUAAAUAGUGAUACGUAUGUUCUGCUUAUUAGUUAUAAUUACAAUGAUUGACUCAGAAGAAUAUUUAAUACUAACCAGCGAGAUUGUAAAAGUUUCUGUAGAAUAUACUGUUAGAUCAUACCGAGUACGUAUGUACUGUUCCAAAUGUAUAUUAAUUAUUAAUAUUAUCAUAAUAACCAUUAUUACU